AUGGACGAGCUUGACGCAGUCACGGGUGCCUGGGAAGAGGCCCUGGACAGCCUGCCUGACGGCGACUUCUGGCAGUCGGUGAUCUCUGACCUUGACGGCUUGCAGAAGCGCGCUCCGCUGCACCUGGCCGCCAAAGUGCGGGCUGGAAUUCCAGCUCGGCUGCGUGGCGUCGUGUGGCAGACACUGACCAAGGCGCGCUCGACAUAUCUGCAGACCGUGUACUCCCAGCUGGUCAAGGAGCCCUCGCCCCACGAGCGUGUUAUCCGCCGCGAUCUGACCCGCACGUUUCCCAGAAUCCCAGUAUUCAAGCGUGAGGGCGGUGAUGGCCAGCAGUGGCUGUUCCGGAUCCUCAAGGCCUACUCGUUGUAUGAUGCCGAGGUCGGCUAUUGCCAGGGCCUCGGCUUCAUUAUCGGCCCGCUGAUUCUGAGUAUGGGCGAGUGCGAGGCGUUCUGUGUGCUGGUCCGCUUGAUGGAGACAUACGAUCUGCGCGGCAUGUUCACCGAAGACAUGGCCGGGCUGCACCUGCGCCUGUACCAGUUCCAGAUUCUGGCUGCUGAAAUCAUCCCCGAUGUGAUGCACCAUUUUGAGGAGCACGGAGUCCUGCCAGCAAUGUAUGUGCCAGCAUGGUUCUUGUCGCUGUUUGCCUACACCAUGCCCUUGGGCUUUGUCCUGAGAGCCAUGGAUGUGCUCAUGGCUGAGGGCGCGCCAGAGUCCAUCAUGCGCAUGGGCAUAUCCCUGCUGCGGCGCAACGCGGCCGCGCUGCUCGAGCAGGAAGAUUUCGAGUCCAUCAUGCGCGUGCUCAACACGGGACUCUACGACGAA